GUUGCGAUUGUUCGGCGCCGUGAAAAAGCGUUCGGACGUGAUCGGAGCUUUUUCUGCAUGGCGGUUUGCUUCCGAGGAAGUACGGCAAGGAGAUCGAGCUCUGCGAAUUUCGCCGUCGUUUAAUUUUAAUUUUUCUCCUCCAGGAUUCUGUAAACGGAAGCGAUCUUCUUCUUCGAGUGAUUCCCGUGAGAUGAGAAACGGAGGUUAAUGGGGAGAUUGAGAACAGCUUUUCUGGCGAUCUCUCUCGUUGUUUUUGUUUGUGUUUCUGAGGAGAUUAUCGCUCGUGACGGAGCCAAUUGCUUUCGAUUCUCCGUCUCCGGCGAUGCUCACGGUGGCGAUGUGGCAGAGCAAACAUGGAUUCAUUGUAGAAAAGAAUUGAAAGAUAAGAAGAAAGAUUGUCUUCUCUAUAUCCCUCGUGAAGAUGAGUACCUGAGACUAUCCAUCUUAAACGGACAGAACAUUCAGCAAAUCCCGGUAGAGAUCGGUUAUCGGCAUUGGUUCAGCAAUUGGUUUAGCCCUCUCCGCGAUUCUACAACAAGAAGGAAACUGAUCAGUAACGCAAAGAAGAAGUUUAGAGUAUCUGCUCCAAAUUUCGAACUUGGUCCUGCACCAGUUUUCGCACCCGGUUUAGCGCCAGGUCCUGCUCCCGGUUUAGCUCCUGGUCCUGCUCCAACACCUCAGAGUUAUGAUCUUGUGGCACCUGCAAGCUCUCCAUCUCAAGCUGAAUCACCGGCGGAAUCAAAACCGGUUCCGAGUAAGAGGAAACCGAAUGUUGCUCCUAGUCAAAGUGUUCCAGGUCCUCCUCCUCCACCACCACCACCGGCGAAGAAGAAUGAUAUCUUGAAGGAACUUAUCAUCGCCGUUGCUUCAACAGCUGUGUUAACGUUCUUUCUCGUUGCGUUGCUGUUCUUGUGUUGCUUCAAACGCAGUAAUCGCAACAACGCGGUUGGUCCUAGAUUUGGACCAAGAGACGAAGGACCACUCUUACAUUUAGCUGACUUAUCAACUGGAUCUAAUGAGAACUCACCCACCGUUGCAAGCACGAGCAGGAAAUUUUUCAGCGCUAGUUCAAAAAAGAGGUCUUUUCUUUCUAGAGUGUCUUUAAAGAGAAAUGGUCAUGAGUUCUCAACAGCUGAUGUGUCGUUGUCUUCAUCAGCUGGACUUCCUCCAUUGAAGCUUCCCCCUGGAAGAUCAGCUCCUCCUCCGCCUCCACCUCCACAGCCUCCACCUCCACAGCCUCCACCUCCACAGCCACCACCACCACCUCCUCCUCCUAAACCUCAGCCUCCUCCGCCUCCUAAACUUGUUCGUCCUCCACCUGCACCACCAAAAGGUCUGGCUACAAAACGCCAAGGACGUAGUUCCUCUGGAGAUGGAUCUGAUGUUGAUUCUGAGACUGGAGCUCCAAAAACCAAACUCAAACCGUUUUUCUGGGAUAAAAUGGCUAACCCUGAUCAGAAAAUGGUUUGGCAUGAGAUCAGCGCCGGUUCAUUCCAGUUCAACGAAGAGGCGAUGGAGUCUCUGUUCGGUUACAACGAUGGGAAUAAAAAGGGUCAAAGGGGAGAUUCAUCUCGAGAUUCUCCUGUCCAAUAUAUACAGAUAAUUGACCCAAGGAAAGCACAAAACUUAUCUAUUCUUCUUCGAGCUUUGAAUGUAACAACAGAGGAAGUCGUCGAUGCCAUCAAAGAAGGUAACGAGCUCCCAGUGGAGCUCUUACAAACAUUGCUGAAGAUGGCUCCAACUUCGGAAGAAGAACUCAAACUUAGACUAUACUCAGGAGAUCUUCACCUACUUGGCCCCGCAGAGAGAUUCCUGAAAAUUCUUGUCGACAUACCUUUCGCAUUCAAACGUAUAGAGUCGCUUCUAUUCAUGACCUCACUACAAGAAGAAGUCUCUGGCAUCAAAGAAUCUCUCGCAACUCUCGAGGUGGCUUGUAAGAAACUUAGAAACAGCAGACUGUUCCUAAAACUACUAGAAGCAGUUCUCAAGACAGGAAACCGAAUGAACGUAGGAACAUUCCGAGGAGACGCGCAGGCUUUCAAGCUCGACACGCUCUUGAAACUCUCUGACGUCAAAGGAACCGAUGGCAAAACCACACUCUUACACUUUGUUGUUCUUGAGAUCAUCCGAUCCGAAGGCGUUCGUGCUCUCCGCCUCCAGAGAUCAUCUCGUAGCUUCUCAAGCGUCAAAACAGACGACACUAACAACUCAGAUUCAAGCCCACAAUCAGUCGAGCGUUACAGAAGCACGGGGCUUCAAGUGGUUUCAGGGUUAGCCACAGAGCUCGAAGAUGUCAAGAGAGCAGCAAUCAUAGACGCUGAUGGAUUGGCUUCAACGUUGACGAAUCUGAGUGGUUCUCUUACGAACGCGAGGGAGUUUCUGAAGACGAUGGAGGAAGAGAGCGAUUUCGAGAGGGCUUUAGCUGGGUUUAUAGAAAGAGCUGAUGCUGAUAUCAAAUGGUUGAAGGAAGAAGAAGAGAGGAUCAUGGCUUUAGUGAAAAGCUCUGCUGAUUCUUUCCAUGGGAAAUCGGCCAAGAGCGAAGGGCUUCGUUUGUUCGCUAUCGUGCGUGAUUUCUUGAUAAUGCUGGAGAGAGUUUGUAGAGAAGUUAAGGAAACGACGAAGACGACGAACCGUUCGGGUAAGAAGGAGAGCGAGAUGAUGAAUCCGGAGAGUAAUCAACCGUCGCCGGAUAAUAUUCGACAGCGUUUGUUUCCGGCGAUUGCUGAACGGAGAGUUGAUAGUUCCGAUGAUUCAGAUGAUGACGAGAGUAGUUCAUCUUAGUUUUUGAUUUUUCCGGUUAAAUUUGAGGUUGAUGACGCUGUUUGGGAGGAGAUUGAUCGCCGGGAACCUAGAAAUGAAGAGAAGGAGGAAGCCGGGAAAUUUUAUGUUUGACUUAAAGGCGUGGAAAUGGCUUCUCCGUUGACCAGUAAGUUGUUAGCUAAUUUGAAGAC